CCCCCCUGACAAAGUGCGUGAUGAGAGAGUGCAAGGUAAAAAUAGAAGAAGGAAAAAAAAAAAUCUCACCGGCGGGAGAGAAAGCGAUGUACGAAGAAGAGAGACGACGACGAAGAAGCAGACCAGGCGAAAAACUACGGCAAGUCCCUUUCUCUUUUCGCUUCCUCUUCUUCACUGCUCUCCGUGUUGGAGCGAGGAAGGGAAGCCAUCGAUGAUUGAAGAGAGAAGGCAGAGGCAAUGCAGAAGGGGAUUUCUUGUUUCUCCUAUAAACAGCAACAUCCGAUAUUGAUGAAGUAGGAAAAAUGAAAGAACAGUUAAAACCCUACCCUAUUCUUUCCCUCUGCUUCGGGUAUUAAAGCUGCCGCCUUUGCUGUAAAGGAUUCCGAAUUCUUUCUGUCUCUGUUGUGGUUCUCUCUCUUGGAAUUCUCUCGGAUCUUGUACUCUCGAGCCGUAUUCAGAUUCUUCUUCACAGGUGGUGGAUAGGGUUUUUUUUUAUUGAGCGAAUUUAGCAUGGACUCUUUGUGGGAUUAUUUUUUUGUUCUUUUCUAAUCUUUUGUUGUUAGCAUUUGGAGUGUCUGCGUUGUUAUAAAAAAGUGAUCUUUUGUUUGGAUCUGAGGGGAUGAGAAGUGUUGGGCGGGGGGGCGAUGGGAUUUUGCUCUUCGGGUUGCUCGUGUUGUGAUGCAGAGAGCUGGGGGAGUGAGGGCGAUAUAGAUGAUUAGGGUUAGGGUUCGAUUGCGAGGGAGGAGAUAGUGUUGGAGCUGGAAUCUUUCAGUUGGAUUUAGGAUUGAAGCCGUAGAUGGGCUGUUUUCCUUGUUUCAGCUAUCGCAGGAGGGAGAUCAGCAGGAGGAUCGAUGACAGUACGGGCUCCAGAUCUAAUGCUGUCGUUGUGGGCACUUCGGGGAGCGGGAAGAAGGCAUCUCAGAGCAGUGCCCGGAGCUUCGCAUUCCGAGAUCUUGCGAUUGCCACUCAGAAUUUCAAGACGACCAAUUUGAUUGGCGAGGGGGGUUUUGGAAAGGUCUUCAAAGGGCGGAUCCAUUCUGGCCAGGUGGUGGCCAUCAAACAGCUCAAUCGCGAUGGGCUCCAGGGGAGCAAAGAAUUCUUAGUGGAAAUUCUCAUGCUGAUCACGCUGCGGCAUGAGAAUCUUGUGAGCUUGAUUGGAUACUGCGCUGAGGGAGAUCAGAGGCUGUUGGUUUAUGAAUACAUGCCACUGGGUAGCUUGGAAGAUCACCUAUUUGAUUUAUCUCCUGGAAAACAACCCCUUGACUGGAACACGCGCAUACAAAUUGCUUGUGGUGCUGCAAAAGGACUCACCUAUUUGCAUGAUGUAGCAAAUCCACCUGUUAUCUAUCGUGACAUGAAGGCUGCUAAUGUUUUAUUAGACAAUGACUUCAACCCCAAGCUUUCUGAUUUUGGACUCGCUAAACUUGGACCUGUUGGUGACAACACACAUGUCUCAACCAGGGUGAUGGGAACAUAUGGUUACUGUGAUCCUGAUUAUGCUAUGAGUGGUAAGCUGACUUUAAAGUCUGAUGUAUAUAGCUUUGGCAUGCUUCUAUUGGAGCUGAUCACUGGGAGAAAAGCAUUUGACUCCACAAAGACGGGGGGAGACAAGAAUUUGAUGAAAUGGUCACGUCCUUUUCUCAAUGACAAGAAGAGGUUCGGACAACUGGCUGAUCCAUUGCUACAAGGUUGCUACCCUCCACGUGCUUUCCACCAGCUGGUUGUCGUCGCCUCAAUGUGUCUCCAGGAGCAGGCCCAUGUUCGUCCUAUCAUGCGUGAUGUUGUGAUUGCCCUCAGCCAUAUAGCAUCUCAGCCUUACAUCCCGGAUCAUGAUACCAAGAUCAUGAGCUCCCCUGCAGCACCAUCCUCACCUUCUCUUCAGGCUGCUAGUACGCCUUCUAGAAAACGCAACACUAGAAAGGGUUCUGCAUAUAAUUAAGAAUGCCCUCCAAUUUGCAAACUGGGGUGCGGGCCAAUGCACAGUCUUCGUGGCAUUGGACUUCAUUACAGCAUAUAGCUUAGAACAAGGUAGAAUAUAAAAGGUCAGAUAUUAUUUUGAUCCAAUGUAACCAUGUUUUGACCUGUUCUUUUUUUUUUCUUCAAGUCCUCAGAUUUUAAGUUUUAAUCAGUGGAUGUUUGUGUUCUGGAUCUGUGAAUGGUUUGUCAGCCUCCGUAGCAUUUACAUCUGAAGUCAUUUCCAGUUAUGGAAACAGCAGGAUGUGUGUUGGAAGCCUUUUUCCCCUUUUUUGUACGUGUUGAUGGGCUGUGGUGAUAAUGUUUUCAACAGAAUUCCAAUCCAGAUCUUGCAGCUGCACUUAGAGAGAUUGGAGAGAGAAAAUGGAAAUUAAUUGAACACUUGAAGAAUGAACGAGUUAAUGGCAUUUAAAAAAUUCUUGUUCACU